GUGCCGCGUAUGUCACCGCCUGAAAUAGGAACUGUUACAGAUUUUUUCCAGAGAAAACGUUAUAUAUUCUUUUUUGUUAAUGUUGACAUAUGCCUUACUGUAACAAGUGGGGAAUGGGGAUAAGAAGUGAAGAAGACAGACAUUGUGGUCCCUCGACUUAGUUCAAUCUAGAGAUCUGCUGCUGUUUUUUUUUUUUUUUUGGACCUGUCAUAAAAGUCAGCUGUAUGGAGCAAGAGCAGGAGCAGCAGCAGCGGGGACUCAGUAGCUUCACUCCGGGAAGGUCUGCAUGCUGCGGGUAUGGGGCGUCCACAGGUCCGCUUGACAUGCGUUUGUCCAUCACCUCGACUACCGGCAGUCCGGUGGAGCUGACUGUUCCCCGAGGAGAGACUGUUGAGGGACUGAGGACACACAUCUCCCACAAACUCAGAAUGCAAACAGACAGAAUCGUCCUCCUCCAUAAAGACAGGCAACUGACAGCAGGUAGAUUGUUGGACCUAGGUGUAACAGAUGGCAGCAAACUGACCCUGGUCCCUGUGGUGGAGGCUGGAUUAGUAUGCUCUACUGCCAGAGCUGAGAGAAGUAUCAUGGAUGUUUUGGAAAGUUUAACAGAAGUCCAGAUCAGGGACUUCUUGUCAGGGCGCUCACCUCUGACCCUUAAUCUGGGAAUUGGUGCCCAUGUGAUGUAUGUUCAGCUGCAGCUGUCUGCACAGAAUGUGGCAGAUCUGCAACAGCAGCAUCAGCACCACCAGGACCUAGGGACUAGGAGCAGCAAAGGGCUUCAAACUGGGCUGCCUACUACUGCUGGGAUGAGCCCCCCUGGGCCCCCCCAGGCCUUAGCCUCCGCCAACACAGCAACAUCAACAACCCCUCCUAUCUCCAAAUCCUCUACUCAAACUCAAAACUCCUCAGUCCCUACAUCAAUGACCCAGUUAAACACUCAACGAACCAGAACUUCUUCAAACUCAACUGCUCCCAACUCCCACUCAUCUUCCCCUGCCCCGGUGAAUGGUCAUCAUCACUCAUCUUCACAUCAGUCCUGUCCUCCCAACACUCCCUGUACACCUUCUCUGGUCCUGUCAACCCCUUGUUUGCCUCUUGGUUAUCCAAAUCCCAAAUCUCCACUACAAGCAGCCACACCCGUUUGUUCACCUGCACCCUCUGGCUCCAAUCCUGGGCCUCCAAGUCCAGCAACAGCCACGACCUUAAACGAGUGUAAUAUUCAAGCCUCAUCUCCUGCUGAGCGAUGCAAGCAGCCUGGUGCAGUCAUUGAAAGUUUUGUGAGCCACUCUCCAGGAGUCUUUUCUGGGACUUUUUCUGGCACCCUGGCCCCUUGCAGUCAGAGCAGCAUCACCCAUCCUAGAGGUGGCAUCGGCAUCAUCCUCCAGAUCCUCAAUGACCUCCUCAGAGCUGCCUUCCACCACCAGGGGGCUUCACCUGCUGUCUCUCACUCUGCUGCGUCAAACCCUCCAGUCAGCCCACUGCUCUCUGCAGAGGAGCAGAACAAAGCAAAAAGUAAAGCAGUGGAGACCCAGAGCACAGAGCAUCUCAGUAAAACUCCAGAUGAAGAGAGACCCCUUCUCCACACACCCACACAGGAAAAUCAGGCUUUGCACUGUAAGCUGGAACGUCUGCAGUUUUUGAUGCAACAGAGGCGGACUCGUAGGAAAUCACAUCUUUCACAGACAUCUCACCCAUACCAACAUCGUCACCAUCAUCCCUAGUCCUCUGGAUGGUGGACAAAAAAAUACAUCCACUGAGAUAGUAGUCGUACCAUCAUAGAUGGAAAUCUAAGUUGAUAUCUGAUUUUACAGAGACGGUGAGACAGCAGCCAGUGCACCCAAGCCCACCUAGAGUAUUGUGCGGGAUGGCUAUUAAGACAUGUUUUUAUUAAUGAUGUUUCUUUUCUAUUCUAAUUUCUGAAGAUUGUACGUCUGAAAUAUUCAAGGAGGCUUUAUUCUGUGACUGUCAGUAUUCUGAGUGUUUACCUUUAGCUGAGACUGACCUGAAGUGACAUCAGUUGUCAUUGAUAUGUAGCAUAUGUCAUAUUAGAUGUUGUGUUUUAUGCAAAACCUCUAAAUGUGUGUUUUUAUGUAUUUCAAUGCCUUAAUUGUACAUGUCCUGAUGUUAAACUGCUCUGUUCUGUGUAGAGGAUGUUCCUCUAAAUUAUUUCUCUUAUGCAAUAUUUAGAUGUAAAUGUAAGUCAAGAAAAUACUUGCAAAUAAUAAAGAAGAAAAAUAAUGGAAA